AUGCCGGUCGACAAGAUCCGCGUCUCAGGGGAUCCCCGAAUCAAGUACCAAUCUGCAACAAUCAAUAGCCACAAGUAUUCUUACCUUCUCAGCCAGCCCGAAUCAGGCAAAUACCGAGCUACGAUCUUCCUGAUCCAUGGCUUCCCCGAUAUCUCAAUGGGAUGGCGCUAUCAGAUCCCCAUGCUAGUCAGCAUGGGACUGAGGGUUGUCGCUCCCGACUGCUUGGGAUACGGCCGGACGGACGCCCCUGAUGCGUUUGAAGCUUACUCACACAAGCGAUGCGCCGAUGAUAUCAAGGCUCUAGCAAAUCAUCUCGGCGAAUCCAAGGUUAUUCUAGGAGGACAUGACUGGGGUGCCGCUCUAGCCUACCGCGUGGCACUUUGGCACUCAGACCUAAUCAGCCACCUCUUCACAGUUUGUGUGCCCUACGCCCGGCCUAUGGAAAAGUACAUCUCUAUCGAAGACCUGGUAGCCAAUGCCGCACCGCACUUUGCGUACCAGAUACAAUUUGCUAGCGGCGACCUUGAGCAAGUACUUCGCUCCAAGAGCGAAAUUCGCCAAUUCUUGUCUGCCUUGUACGGCGGGAAGACGGAGAAGCGCGAGCCCGGCUUCGAUGCCGAAAAGGGUGUCCUCUUGGAUAAGUUGCCGCACCUGAAGCCAUCGCGACUGUUGAGCGAGGAGGAGCUGGAUUACUAUGCCACCGAAUUUGCGCGCAAUGGCAUCCACGGCCCACUCAAUUGGUACCGUACGCGCAAGGUCAAUUUUGAGGAAGAGCAGGCUAUCCUCAAUCGGCGUAUCGAGAUCCCCGUGUUGUUCAUCCAAGCUCUCAAGGAUGAGGCGCUCCCGCCUCACCUUGGGAAGUCGAUGGCUAAGCACAUUCCCAAUUUGACUUUGACGCAGGUCAAUACUGCGCAUUGGGCGCUGUGGGAGAAGCCCGAGGAUGUUAACGAAAUUAUAGCGACUUGGUUGAAAAAUGUUGUUUUCACGCAGGGACGAGCUGGUAAACUUUAG